GGGGAAGGGUUACUGCAGGAAGUAAAGAGAACGUCUAGAGUGAAUCAUUUCAUUUCUGUAUCGACAAUGUGGCGAGCUACAGUCGGGGCAGAUGUAAAUGUUGGAGGGAACGGUGAUGAUGACGACUGGGAGACAGAUCCUGACUUCGUGAAUGAUGUAUCAGAGCAAGAGCAGAGAUGGGGAGCAAAGACUGUUGAAGGAUCAGGUCAUCAAGAAUCUUUAAAUAUCAAGGAUCUCAGACAGCAGGUUGAACAUGAUCAUCAAAAGGUUAAGCAAGAUGAAAUGGAGUCAGGUCCUAAAGCAUCAUAUGGUUACGGUGGAAAGUUUGGUGUUCAGAAGGACAGACAGGAUAAAAGUACUGUAGGCUUUGAUUAUGAAGCAAAGCUAUCCAAACAUCAAUCACARCAAGAUUAUGCCAAGGGCUUUGGUGGUAAAUAUGGUGUACAAAAGGAUAGAGUUGAUAAGUCUGCAGUUGGGUUUGACUAUGAAGCAAAGCUAUCCAAACAUCAAUCACAACAAGAUUAUGCCAAGGGCUUUGGUGGUAAAUAUGGUGUACAAAAGGAUAGAGUUGAUAAGUCUGCAGUUGGGUUUGACUAUGAAGGCAAAACUGAAUCUCAUCAAUCUGCUAAAGAUUAUUCAAAAGGCUUUGGUGGGAAAUAUGGAGUACAAAAAGACAGAGUCGAUAAGUCUGCAGUUGGAUUUGAAUAUGAAGGAAAAACGGAAGCUCACAGAUCAACCAAAGAUCACUCCAAGGGUUUCGGAGGCAAGUAUGGUGUGCAAUCAGACAGGAAGGACAAGUCUGCGGUGGGCUGGGAAUACCAAGAAAAGACUGAAAAGCAUGAAUCACAAAAAGAUUAUUCAAAAGGCUUUGGUGGAAAAUAUGGUGUUCAAAAGGACAGAGUUGACCAAUCUGCGGUGGGCUGGGAAUACCAGGAAAAGACUGAAAAGCAUGAAUCACAAAAAGACUACUCAAAAGGCUUUGGUGGCAAAUUUGGUGUUCAAAAGGACAGAGUUGACCAGUCCGCGGUGGGCUGGGAAUACCAAGAAAAGACUGAAAAGCAUGAAUCACAAAAAGGUACUGGUGUCGGUAUACAUAGUAAUUGUCCAUUUCUGGCCUUUAGACUUCACAUAGUGUCACGAAGAAAGUUAUUAAGUGCUGGUGGAUAUGACGAUAUGCAAGAGGUCAAAUCAGAAUACCAUACUGCUAAACCACGUACAGAGUCUGGUUCUGCKGGUGGUCUGAGAGCAAAAUUUGAAAACAUGGCUAAAGAGGGAGAGGAGGACGUCUCGCUAAGGAAGAACGUGAGAGAGAAGCGGCUCAGAAGAGACAGGAAAGGGAGGCUGCCCGGGAAGAAGAAGAGCGUGAAGAGGAAGAACGCCUGCAAGCCGAGGAAAACGCACGACGUGAAGCGGCCGAAGAAGCUGAGCGAGAAGAGGAGCAGGCUAGACGGGAGGCAGAAGAACAGGCUAGACGGGAGGAAGAAGAACAGGCUAGAAGGGAUGCAGAAGAACAGGCUAGAAGGGAGGCAGAUGCAUCACAACAAUAUGCACAACAAGAUGCUGAUGACUUGUACGAUUCUGCAGAAGCUGUUGCCCCAGAAACAGAUGAAGUCUCCAGUGGAAUYACGGUCACUGCGUUGUAUGACUAUCAAGCAGCUGGUGAGGACGAAAUCUCCUUCGAUCCUGGUGACGUCAUCACUGACGUCGAGAAGAUCGAUGAAGGAUGGUGGAUGGGUACUUUCAAUGGGCAAAGAGGACUCUUUCCUGCCAAUUUUGUCGAGGAACAGUAAAACGUUUYAUAAAGUGAUUCAUUCAUCAUUGUUAUAUUUUUAAUAAAUGCUGUAAUCAAUGUAUGUUUCAGCGUGAAACCGCUGACUCCAUCAUACUGUAAAAUCAUAGAAAGAUAACGACUUAUAAUAAACAACAUCAGAUUAUAUUGCUACUAAA